CCGGUGAGGUCGCCUGUAGACCAACCGACUCCGAGUGGGAGGCGACCUCCGUCGCCCCUUCCUCCCUCUUUUUAGUCCCUCCUCCCCCGCCACCGCGCCGCGCGAAUCUUUUUCCCUCUUGGCCGCGCUGCUAAAUCCGCGCCAAAUCGUGAAACGAAAACCAGGCCGCUCCCGCCUCGUCAGUCCUCGCUCGCGGACCGGGCUCCGGAUCCCCCCAGCGGCGGCAAUGGCAGCCGCCGCCUGCGACGCCGCCGCCGUCGAGCAGCUCGCUGGCCUCCUGGACCAAGUGGACGCGCCGCUGAAGAAGACAUUUGAGAAUGUGCACCAGGGCUACCCAACAGAGACAUUAGUGCGUUUCCUUAAAGCUAGAGAGUGGCAUGUGAAUAAGGCUCACAGGAUGCUUGAAGAUUCUUUGAAUUGGAGGAUACAAAAUGAAAUCGAUACUAUACUGGAGAAACCUAUUAUCCCAGUAGAUUUGUAUAGAUCAAUUCGUGAUACACAGCUUGUUGGGUUAUCAGGAUACUCCAGAGAGGGCAUCCCUGUAUUUGCAAUUGGUGUUGGACUGAGUACAUAUGACAAAGCUUCGGUUAACUACUAUGUGCAAUCUCACAUCCAGAUCAAUGAGUACCGUGAUCGUUUUAUUUUGCCUACGGCGACAAAGAAGUAUGGGAGACCUAUUACCACCUGUAUAAAGGUUCUCGAUAUGACUGGUCUGAAAUUGUCAGCACUAAACCAAAUGAAGAUUGUGACUGCAAUAUCUACUGUUGAUGAUUUGAAUUACCCUGAAAAGACGGAGACCUAUUAUAUAGUAAAUGCUCCAUACAUAUUUUCUGCAUGUUGGAAGGUUGUGAAGCCUCUGUUGCAAGAGAGAACAAGAAAGAAGGUUCAUGUUUUGCGUGGUUGUGGGAGAGAUGAGCUUCUAAAGAUCAUGGACUACUCUUCCCUUCCCCAUUUCUGUAGACAGGAGGGCUCGGCCUCAUCCAAACAUUCAUCAAGCGAUGCCGAUAAUUGCUUCUCUCUCGAUCACCCGUUCCACCAAGAGCUUUACAACUUCAUCCAGGAGCAGGCACUGAAUCAGGAGCUCAUCAAGCAGGGCUCCUUGCAUGUGAACAUCCCUGAACAGGACCCUGAGGAUGCAAAGAUCGUGGAGGUCAUUGAGGCUGAGUUCCACAAGAUUGGUGUGCAGAAUGGGUCCACCAAUGGCCUCAACCAAGCGUAGCACUUGUCUAAUAAGACCAGCCUAAUUCAACCAAGACGUUGCUUGCCACUUCUGAUCCAACUGAUCCUAUAUUUUUUUUUGCGGGGUGGGCCACCCCCCAUUGCUAUUUCGUGGGGGUGAUUGGUAUAGGUGAUAUACAUAGCAAAGUCUUUUGCAGAUCCAUCCAUGAUGCAGGACUGAGACCAGAGACCUGAUACUACAUUGUACUAGAUAGACGUUAUCACCUGUUGACUGUUGUAAACUUGCAAAUUUGCAAUGUCCCCUCAUAUCUCACAUGUAUGCUGAACUGGGAUGAAAUGAAUAAAUCAUCCUAGUACCUGCACUUUGAGUCAUCUUCAGAAAUGUGUUGUGCUCAGUCAGAAAGUAACAAUUCGUUU